AUGUCAGACGAUCAAGUGGACGACUACAAGUGGGAUUCUGGCAAGACUGGGGGACUGUUGCUGAAAGAUCUAGAAAAACGCCUUGUGGAGGACUUGUUUCCACUGAAACUGAAAUACUAUGACACCACGGAGGAUCCCUGCAGCUCUAAUCCAUGCUUUAACUAUGGAACAUGCGAGAACAAAGAACGCGGAUACACAUGUCGCUGCACCGAGUUCUUCACUGGAUUAAACUGUGAGAAAGCGAUGCGGCCGUGUAAGAAGGAGACCUGUGGACAGGGCGACUGUGUCCUGAAGAAGCAUGCUCCCUAUCACAAGUGCCGCUGUCACUACCCAUACCACGGACCUUCGUGCAGCGCAGUUGAGACAGUUUGCACCCACAACCCCUGCAGGAACGGAGGAACCUGCCUGGUGAAGCCUCUCAAUAGGUUUGUCUGCAUCUGUCUGAAGAGCUUCGGAGGGACGUUCUGUGAGAUUGCCUCCAGCAACUGCUACAGGAACGAUGGGUUUCGAUACCGCGGUCAGGUCAGCCGGACUGAGGACGGCCACCGCUGCCUGCCCUGGGACUCCUACCACCUGGCCAGGGAGAGCGUCAACGCCUUUGUGCCUGACAUAUGGCUGCGUGGGAUCGGGGAGCACAACUUCUGCAGGAACCCGGACGGUGCAGAGAGGCCGUGGUGCUACUAUCAGGAUGCGGACGAGGCGCUGAAAUGGGACCUUUGUGAGGUUUCUGCCUGUUCAGCGGUUCUCCAUCACAGUGUGUCCACUACACUGAAGCCAUCAAACUCCACCGCACAGCCCAUGACCACCAACAACGCCAGCGCUCCGUUCUCCACAUGUGGCCUCAGAGAGUCGUCCUCUAAGACUCGGGGAAGGAUCAUUGGUGGCAAAAGGACCCAGCCGGGCAUGCACCCGUGGUUGGCAUCACUGCAGCUGAAGAGAACCGUUGGAAAGUUGAACCCCGGGCAUCUCUGCGGCGGCACUUUAAUUGCGGAGUGCUGGAUCCUGACAGCUGCACAUUGUGUGAAAUCCGUGUCCCAGCCCAGGCUGUGGAGAGUGUUGCUGGGUAAGGUGGAUCUCAACAAGAACGAGACAUUUGAGCAAAUAUUUGACGUGGAGAAGAUUAUUAUACAUGAGAAUUAUCGGGAGGAAAUCUCCAGUCUGCACAACGACAUCGCUCUUAUGAAACUAAAGAAAUCCGAAGGCAAGUGCACCAGGGAGACGCGAAACGUGAAGACGGCGUGCUUACCCGAUCGCGAGUUCCUACCAGGAAAAGUCUGUCAGAUUGCUGGAUGGGGGAUGACAGAAAAAGGUCAAACCGCCCAUCUUCUUGAAGCUUCUGUCCAGGUGAUCUCUGAAACCAAUUGCUCCGAUGCUAAAUCUUAUGGGAAACUAAUUGACCGCAGUAUGCUCUGCGCAGGAGUCCCUGACGGGGGAGUGGAUGCCUGCCAGGGUGACUCGGGGGGGCCCCUCGCCUGUGAAGGUGAAGGUCAGACACAAGUGGCCGGAGUCGUUAGCUGGGGAGAGAACUGCGGAGUGAAGGACAAGCCCGGGGUCUAUGCACACGUCUAUAGAUUUCUGCCAUGGAUCGAAAAAAGCAUGAAAUCCAACGCCUGAGAGCGGAAUCCUAGGAGCUGUGGACCCCGAUGUGACCGCAGCAGCGUCAUAGUCCAUAUUACUGAUGGUAGAUGUGGGGGAGGGGGACCUCAGACGGAUUACAUUGGUCACUGUGAAUCUGGGAGAGCUCCCUGUAUAUCAAAAUGUCAUAAAGAAGCUUAAAGGGGCUGUAGUAAAGAAACUAUACUCACUCAUCAAGGGGAUUAUUGGCCCAUCUGGAACAUUGAUGGCAAAUAGCAAGGCUAUGUCAGUGUCAGAUAAGGGGGCCCCAGGUCUGGAACCUUCUUCUGUCUCCAGAACGGGGCCCCCAGUGUGAACAGAGAGCAGCUGCGCAUGUGCGGCCACAACCUGUUCACUGCCAUGGGACUUCCAAAAGCAGCUGUGCGCUCUGGCUCUGCUAUGUUCGGAACUCCCAUAGCGAUGAUCGGCGAGCUCUCCUUCACUUUUGGGGGGCGUUCUGGAGAUAGGUGUGGUUCCCACCUCUGGGACUGGCUCCUACCUGAUCCUAGCGAUAUGCUAUCAAUGUCCCAACUCUUUAACCCUUCGCCAUCCUA